GGGAGGAAAGCGAUAACGGGACAGUGAUAGAGUUCAUAAAGGAAAAUAAGAAAUUAGAGGUAGAGGUAGAAAGGACACAGAAGGUAAGGGUGGGAGAAAAGAACACGAUAAUAAUCGCAACGUUGAAAUCGUGGGAGGAGAAGAUGAGGGUAAUAAGAGAGAAAGGUAAAUUGGGGAAGGGGAUAUACAUAGACAACGACCUAACAAAGAAAGAAAGAGAAAUACAACGAAGGUUCAGAAGAAUAGCUAGAGCGAAAAGGGAGAAGGGAGAAUACGUAAAAAUAGGUUACAAGAAGCUGAAAAUAGAAUACAGGUGGUACAGGUGGAACGAAAGCGAGGAGAAGCUAGAGGAAGAAAGAAGGAGAGAGGCGAGAGGGUGAGAUAAGGAGAAAGAAAGGGGUGGGGACAUAAAGGGGUUGAGAAUGUGCUUCUGGAACAUAGCAGGGAUAAUGAUCAAGGACAAAGAGGUAUGGGAAUAUUUAAGAACGUUUGACGUAAUCGGCCUCACGGAAACAUGGACAGAGGAAAGCAAAUGGGGAAGGGUAAAGUAUAGACUGCCCAAGGAAUACGACUGGAAAUGCAGGGCAGCAAGGAGAGAAUGGAGAAAGGGAAGGGCAAGAGGAGGUAUAAUAACAGGCGUAAACAAAAAUCUGAGGGAAAUAGAGUAUAAGGAAAUAGGAGACGACAUAGUAGAAAGAAAAAUAAGGUACAAGGAGAAGACAUAUAGAAUAGUGGUGGUGUAUAACCAGGACACGAAAAGGACAUGGAAAGAAAUGGAGGAAGGAGUAGAGGGAAGGAGAGAGGAAGUGACAAUCAUAGGAGGAGAUUGGAAUGCAAGAACGGGAGAAGAGGGAGGGCUGAUAAACGAGGAACUAGGACAAGAAAAGAGCAGGAGAUCAAAAGACAAGACAAUAAAUAUGGAAGGAAGAAUGCUGCUAAGGUUGCUGGAUGAAAGAGGCUGGACGAUAAUUAACGGUCGAGACAAAGAAGGAGACGAGUGAACCUAUGUGGGAGAGAGGGGAAAGUCAGUAAUAGACUACGUGAUUGGUAACCAGGAAGCGAUAGAGGAAAUAACAGACAUGAAGAUAGGAAAAAGAGUGGAGUCAGAGCACAUGCCGCUGGAAAUAGAAAUAGAGGGAUCAGAGAUACAAAGAGACGAGGAAAGAAAAGAGGAAGAGAAGGAGAGAAGGGAAUGGACAAAAGAAAGUGCGGGAAGAUAUUUAGAGGAGUGCAAAGACUGGGCAAGCAGGGGAAGAACAGUAGAGGAAAUGUGGGCAGAAAUUAAGAAGAAGAUAAACGUGGCAAUACCAAAGAAAAGAGUAAGGAUAAGGAAAUGGAGCAUAGGAGAAAAGGCAUGGUACGACAAGGAGUGGAAAGAAAGGAAAAGGGAGAUAAGAAGGAAAAUGACAAAAUUUAGGAAAGGAAAAUGCAGCAGAGAAGAAUUCAUAGAGGGGAAGAAGGCAUUCAAACAGUGGUGUAAACAAAGAAAGGAGAAGCAGGAAGAGGAAGAGAUGGAGAAAAUCAACAAGAUCAAAACAGAGCAAGAAGCAUGGAAAUACAUAAACAAAUAUAGGAGAAGCAGAGAGGUUGUAGACGAGGCGAUAAGGGAAGAGGAGUGGAAAAAUCAUUUUAUGGAAACGUUAGAGGGGACAGAAAACAAAGAGGAUGAAGGAACAGAAGGGUGGAGAGAGGAGGAGGAAUCAAAAGAAGAGAGAGAAGACAACAUAGAGAAGGAAGAGGUAAUACUACAAAUAAGAAAAUUGAAAGAGAAAAAAGCAACGAGGGAAGAUGGCUUGGGAAACGAGGUAUGGAAGUAUGCGCCGAAGGAAGUGGGGGAGGCGUUAUGGGAGAUGUUAGGAAAAAUUUGGAAUGGAAAGGGGAUACCCGAAGACUGGAGAAAAGGCGUGAUAUGUCCGAUUUACAAGAGGAGGAACAAAGGGGCAGUGAAGAGCUACAGAGGGGUCACGCUAAUGGACACGGCAUAUAAGAUCUAUGCAGGAAUUCUAGACGAGCAGCUGAAGGUGGAAAUCAAGGACAAGCUGGUAGAGAGCCAAUUCGGAUUUAGGAAAGGAAGAGGAGUGAUAGACGCAGUGUACGUACUGAACCAUAUAAUAGAUAAACAAUUGAGCGAAGAAAGAGGGAAGCUAUCGGGAAAGAGGGAAGCUAUAUGCAUGCUUCGCGGAUCUAAAGUCAGCGUUCGGUAG